CCCCCCACCCACUUCCCACAGUUUCACACACCCCCACUUUCACCCACUUUGUACCACCCACUUUCAUUCAUAUGGGCCCUGUUUGAAUCCACACAGCCUUCCUCUCCUUUCCAUCAUUCAUGUACCAGCCACUUUCAUCACUACUACAACACCUAUCAUCUGAAAGCACUAAGUGAUCUUUGCACUUUGAUUAGAGAACACUGUUAAUCAUUCAGCCCAGGUAGCACAGUAGAAAUGAAUAAGCCUUAGUCCAGGCAGCACACAGCAGUGUAUUCCCCAUCCCAGUACCCCACUGUUACAGUGAGACAACAUGGCUGAGAAAGACCCAGAGGGGAUUAUAGCUACAGACCCCAGCGACAAUGAUGAUAGAAAAUGCCUUAUUAUCCGGAAGCUUCUGAAGUUCAACCCUAAAGAAGUGUUUACGUGGCAGCUGGUGAAGACAGUUGCUAUGGGUCAGGGUUUGGCUGCUCUCAUCUGCGGCACAGCAGUAACAUCCCAAUACCUGGCUUCAGACUACCACGUGGACGCGCCCAUGCUUCAGAGCUUUGUGAGCUACACACUGCUCUGCCUCACCUACACCACAGCUCUGCUGUUCAGAACAGGGGAUGGCAAUAUGUUUCCGAUUUUAAAGAAGAGGUGGUGGAAGUAUCUCCUAGUAGGCUUGGUGGACGUCGAGGCUAACUACACAGUGGUUAAAGCUUACCAGUACACUACACUCACCAGUAUACAGCUGCUGGACUGUUUUGUGAUCCCUGUGUUGAUGAUACUGUCCUGCUUGUUCCUGAAGACGUGCUACAGACCUGUCCACUACGUCUCUGUGUGUGUCUGUCUACUGGGGGUGGGGGCCAUGGUGGGAGCUGACCUACUGGCUGGACGAGACUUGGGAUCCACCUCAGACGUUCUGCUAGGUGAUGGCUUGGUCCUGCUCAGUGCCAGUCUAUAUGCUGUCUCUAACGUGUGUCAGGAGUACACCGUCAAACACCUCAGCAGUGUAGAGUUCCUAGGCAUGGUCGGCCUGUUCGGCACACUCAUCAGUGGCAUACAGCUGGGCGUUCUGGAGCAUAACAAUGUGGCAAACAUCCAAUGGGACUGGAGAAUCGGCCUGCUGUUUGCUGGCUAUGCCCUGUGUAUGUACACCCUGUACAGCUGUAUGCCCAUAGUGGUCAAGAAGACCAGUGCUACAGCAGUCAACCUCUCCCUGCUCACUGCAGACCUCCUCAGCCUCUUCUGUGGCCUGUUUCUCUUUCAAUACACGUUCUCAGGUCUGUACAUGGUGUCUCUGGUGAUCAUCCUGGUGGGCUUUGUCGCAUUCAAUGCCGUGGCAACGACCCCUGACCCUGCAGACCCCAUCACCCCCUCCAUGGGCUGGGAGGAGAGCGGCUACGACAACCCUGAUGACAUCAUCGAAGAAGUGGUGGUGGCGGUUUUGGAAGAGGGUGAACACACAGGGGUGUCAUGGAAUCAGAGAACACAGAAUGAGGAAGUACCGGCAGGGGGAUGGAGUACCAAGAUGUGAUCUGAUCUACU